AGGGGGCGUGUGCUUGUAGCAGCUCCACUGCAGUGCAGUACCGUAAUAAAGAAGCAGCAGGCUAGCCGGCAUGUCUUUAGAGAGGAUACCGAGUAGUGAGAGCCUAGAGCUGGACAACAUUCCCCUGGAGAUGACCUCACGGAGCUCGAGUGAAUCAUGUGGUAGCCCUCCCCCCUCUGCCAGGAGCGUGGGGGGUCAUGUGGCCUUCACGGGGGGUCCUGAUCGACUGGGUCUCCACUGUCUCUCCUCUGAGGGGAAUGGAUCACAGUAUGUGAAUAAGGACAGCCUUGCACAUGACCUGGGGUUCCUGGCCACCAUGCCUGAGCUGUGUGAUGUGACCUUCCUAGUGGGUACUGACCAGGCACCAGUGUGUGCAGUCAAGGCAAUUCUGGCUGCUAGAUCUUGGGUUUUCCGGAAGAUGCUGUACUCUGAACCCAAUGGAGGCCAAAAGAAGAAGAAGAAAACGGUCAAAUCAUCGGAUGGUUAUAUAGAAAAGUACGAUUUCAAAGGUCAUCCUACAGUGAUUGUCAAGGACUUUGAACCCGAGGUAUUUAAGCAGUUGGUGACGUACACGCACACUGGGGGUGUGGUCUUACAAGCCCGUACACUACUAGGAUUGAUGAAUGCAGCGGAUCAUUAUGGUCUCGAGGAUCUGAAGCAAGCCUGCAUACGCUUUAUGGAGCAAUGCAUCACCGUGGAUACCGUCUGCUCCCUAUUGACAUCCGCAGAGAAAUAUAUUCAGUAUAAGUCCACCAAGAUACUUGUCCAGAAGAUGCUCGAGUUUGUCGAUGUGAAUGCUGAGAGUAUAUUAGCCUUGGGGGCGUUCUCAACCCUGCCACAGCAUGUUGUAAGGAUAGUCCUGAGCAGAGAAGAACUUCAAGCUGUUGAAACUAAGAAGUUUGAAGCUGCUUAUCGGUGGUGUCUGCAUCACACUGAUGCCAACUCUGACGUGGAAAUGAAGACGGCCUUUGAACCUUUUGUCGAUGUUAUAAACUUUAGAAUGAUCCCAGCCACUAGCCUUAUGAAGAACGUGAAGCCAGCCGGUAUAGUGGACGAUGCUAUCAUCCUCACAGCACUGGCCUUUCAAGCAGAUCCUAAAUCAGUGGAUCACAUCCGCCCACACUCUUCAGCCUCAGGGGGGCGUAACUUCAGACGUGUUCAAUCAUCAGGAAACCCCCUCAACAACAUGGACUCUAGCGAGCUAGUUCGUACCAAGAGAGGUGGAUCUGUACCCCCCACAGGGGGCGCUCUACAGUUACGUGGUGACAGCCAUCCAAUGAGAUUACUGACAACACGCGAUCGUAUUGGAUCUCAGAGCUCUUCCCAACUAUCCACCCCGCCAAUUAGUCCAUGUAUCGGUAGUUUCCAUGGCAGCAGUACGCUCUCAUCAGAGUCAAGCUUUGAUGAUUAUUCCACUGGAGUUAGUCUAUCCCAGCCAGUGUCCUUUGAACCCACCAGAACUACACAGCUUGGCUACAAUCAACGUGUGCUAGACACUGUAGUCACCAUGAGCAGCACAAACGCUGUAGAAGUAUGAUCAUGUGUGUGUGUGUGUGUGUGUGUAUCUGUUCAGUAUAUUCUUCCUAACCCACCACCUUGUGUUCACUACCAUGCUGUCCAUGCUGUAUUUUAUUAUUAUAUGUUUUGUGGCAAUUUCCUAUACAACACUUACUUGUUCAACAGAUAUUAUUUGUUCAAAGAAUUAUAAGUUUUCAAAACAA